UACUUUCCCCGCCAAUUGCAUCACAAUUCUCCCCUAAUUUCUCAAUCGAGGGCUCAACUCUCUCUCCAUGACUCACAAACUUCCUCCAAAAUCUUCCAAAUUCUUCGAAAUCUGAUUUCUGGAAACGCUAAUUUUUGAAUCCGCGACUUCGAUGAGCAAUCCAAGCAGUUCCGGAUGGGAUUCAAGUUCAAAUUUGACUCAGUUCGGGAUCGGCUUGGCCAAUACAGUGCAGUCGGAUGUUGCUUCUCACUUGCCGCUCCCCUCGCUACCCAUAUUCUGCGGCUCGACUCAGCCUGGAGAGUUCAAGCUGUUCGAUGAGGCUGGCGAAGGUAUUAGCGACAACAGGUCGUUGAAUCGCAGCGAGAUUCUCUCGCAGUCUAGGAGAAUCGCGAACAUGCUUGAAGAAACUGACGUUUCUUAUCUGGAUCUUAGAAACGAGGCUAGAGCGCUAAACUGUAAUUCUGCGGAGCCUUUGCAGUUAUAUGACCAAGUUCUACGAUGCAAUCCUGGAGCAUUUGUAUUUCUAGUAUACAGGAUCUUGUGUGCAAAACUUUCUAUGAAUUCUGGUUUGAGGAACCUCCAGGGCAUCAUACUCAGUUUGCUAGUGAUGCUAGCUCCAUUCCAGUGGAAGUGGAAACGAAAACUAAGCAAAUGGUGGGGUUGUUAAGGAGGACCCCGAAUCACCAGCUUCUUGUAACAAUUAUUAAGCGUACCUGGCCCUUGAUUUUUUCCCUCAAGCAACUAAAGCUGCUGGUAUCAACCCAGUUGCUCUUGCAUA